GAUAAACAUGGCAACCCUGCGGCAGACAACACCGAAACUUCUUGUCGGCUGAUACUGAAUGCCACGCCUAUGCUUCGAUCACACACAAACAUCAUAGCGGGCUAUUACGCUGAUAGCUAAAAAUGGCUAGCAUAGCAGUCAGUAAUGUACAGUUUAGUGGUCUAUGAUGUCUCCGGGUGUUAAAUUUAUAAUCUUGAGAGAAUGUCGCGGGUAAAUGCAGACCAGGAACAUGCAGCUCUGACUGAGUGCAGAUAUGUCCACCCCACAGAGGCACUGAAUGAUGUCAGGGCUGUGACCGCGGUUUUCAGGGACCUGGACCUGUAUGUGGACUUCUACUGCUACAGCGAUGGAAACAAAAAGAAGCUGGUGAAUUUGGCCGGCACCAUUCCCAUUUGGUAUGAAGGUAAUGUGUACGACAUCCCAAUAUGCAUUUGGCUUCACGACACGCACCCUCAGAGUCCCCCCAAGUGCUCUUUGCGGCCCUCGGUCGCCAUGGUGAUCAACCCCAAGUGCAGCAGCGUGGACGCGAGGGGGCACGUUCACCUGCCGAGCCUCAGCGCCUGGCAGCCGGGACAGUCCAACCUUUCUACUGUGUUGAAGGAGAUGAGUGCAGCCUUUCAGCGGGAGACCCCCCUGUUUGCCAUGUGCCCACAGACCCCACUCCCUGCCCAGCACCCGCAGUCUCCUUUCCUACCAGGCCACCACAACCCUGUGCAGUCUCUCAACCGCUACUUCCCCAGUGCCAGCCAGCCGUACCCGCGGAGCCCCUCUGCUCAGCACGCGUUAGCCGCCAGUUCCACGGCCUCCCCCGUUUCCUCUCUGCAGGGAGCCGGCGAUAACACCCCGCCCACUGCCGCCGCCACCAAGCUCAGCCACCCGGAUCCCAGCACUGAGCGGAGGGUGCGGCGGUCCUACACGGAGGAGCUGCUGGAUUUGGGGAUCACCUUCGAGGCUCCGAGCAGUCGGGCCUUUCCCCCCACCAACCCCUUCGCCCAGACACCCCCAGCUACAGUCCCAGAUGUCACUUCCUCAAACACUGUGGACAUACAAAACAUCUUCACGAACCUGCAGCUUCAGAGAAUCACUAACGAACUCAACGAACUCAACUCUAAUAACAAAGACCUCUUGCAGCGGAAAGUUGGUUUCAGCUCCACAGAGGCGGCGCAAAUGCCAAACGCGAGUGGGCUGAGCGACGGCGGCCCCCGCCCUCCGGAAGGCGCCCCGGGCUGCGCGCAGGACAGCGCGGGGGGCGGGGGCCCGGUGGACGACGGUCAGGUCGUCGUGGUGACCCAGCUCCCUUGGGGGACCCCCCCCGGCACGAUGAGGAACAAACUGACCCUUUACUUCCAGCGUCGGCGCCACGGGGGGGGCGAAGUCCUGCGCGUGCUCUACCCCGCCCCCGAACCCGGCCGGGCCUGCGUCGUCUUCCGCGACCCCAGAGAUGCUGAGCGGGUCCUGUCCCGAACGGGCCAUGUCAUCACUGUGAACGAGCAGCAGUUCCCUGUGCAGGUGCAGAGGGUGGAGCGCGCUCUCGCUCAGGUACCGGUCCCGGAUGGCGUCCCGCGGGACAAGUCCCAGAUGUUCCGCAGCCUGGUCUCCAUGGAGGGGCGGAGCUUCAGCCAGGAGGAGGUGCUGGAGGCGGUGCAGUCCUGCCGGGACCUCCCCUCCGCCCUGAGGUACCUCUCCCACGAGUGCCCAAUCUGCCGGGACCAGGUGUCCUUCAGCAAGAUCAUCACCAUGACGCACUGCCCUUGCGCGUUCUGUGAGAGCUGCUUCAGGGCCUACUUCUCGUCCGUCAUCAAAGAGAAGAGCAUCGCGAGCGUGGUGUGUCCCCUGUGCAACAGGCCCGACGUGCGGGGCCCGGGGGCCAUGGGGGAGGCCAUGGACUACUUCAGCCUGCUGGACACGCAGAUCCGUCACUACCUGGACCCCGAGACGCACGAGCUCUUCCAGCGGAAGCUGAGAGACCACGCCCUGCUGGAGAUGCCCAACUUCCGCUGGUGUGCCCAUUGCUCCUUCGGCCUUCUCCAUGAAGCAGACAGACUGAGGAUGGACUGUCCCAGCUGCAAAAAGAGCACCUGCUCCAACUGCAAGAGUCCUUGGGUUCCCCAGCACGAAGGCCUCUCCUGUGAAAUGUUCCGGAAGUGGCAGACCGAGAACAACCCUGAGUACCAGAACGCACGCCUGGAGCACCUGCUCAGUAGGAAUAAGAUAGACUGUCCCAAUUGCAAGUUCCGCUUCUACCUGUCCAAGGGGGGCUGCCUGCACUUCAAAUGCACCCAGUGCCAGUACGAGUUCUGCGAAGGGUGCCGGAGGCCCUUCAAACUGGGCUCUGCCUGUGGUUUCUCCGCUGAUUGCGGGAUGAAGGGACUGCACGCCCAUCACCCGCGGGACUGCCUCUACCACCUGAGAGACUGGAGCGUGCCCAGACUGUGCCAGCUGCUCCAGCACCACAAAGUGGCGAUCCCCCUGCAGGCCGGAGGCAGCGACAAAGGUCUGUGUGGUGUGUUGGAGCAAAGGGAAACGGCUCAACGUGAGGAGCCCUGUGGAAAACCAGCUCCUGCAGAGUACAACGGCUACUGCGAGUGCCAUUACAAGGAGUGGCUGGUGGAGCUGAUAAACCAGAAGCAGCUGGACCCGGCAGCUCUGUUCGACAGAGCCGAGCUGGUGUCGGAGCUUCAGCGCUGGGGGGUUCGAGUCCCGCAGGCGCACAGAUUGGAGCCUGAGGCCAAGUACCUGCAGCGGCUCAGACGGGCCGUGAGGCAGAUCGGCCUGGUGGCAGAGCGCGCCCUGGUGGAGAAGGCCGGUAUUGCGGCCUCUGCGUCCUGUCCGACUCUGGGGGACCAGUGGGCGCGGGGACCCACGGACUCCCAGCUGCUGCUGAUGCUCAACGACUGAGCGGAACCGGGCCCAAACGCAGUGGGACCCACCUGGACCCCCCCUCUCAACUGGGACACCCCCCCCAACCCUUUACCAGGCCCAGAUGCAGCAGGACCCCCCCCCCCCCCACCAGGCCCAGACGCAGUGGGACCCGUCUGGACCCCCCCCCUCAACAGACCUGCUCCACCCAACCGUUACCCGGCCUCGUCUUCAUGACCCACAGGAUCCACUGAAAUUCUUUCAGAUGAUACAGCGUUCUCAGCACUUACGUAUUGCAGGUUCUUUUGUUUGUUCAACAUGUCAGUGACGUUCUUGAAAUAAUUUGUGGGUUUUUUUUUUUUUUUUUUUUAAACGCAUCUGAUUUUUUUAAACGCUCUGGGACAGUAUUUAUGAAUAACUGUGACGUCUUUUCCCGGUUUCUGGGGGGGGGGCUGAAAUGAACAGAACUGCAAAUACUGCAUAACGCCAGAGGGUGAAGCUCUGGAAGCCUAGUCACUGCAGUUUAAACGCGACCGUUUUGCUGCUUUUUUGCACGCGUUUUUCCUUUUAAAAUAACGAUGAGAUCGUUUAAACAGGUUCUGCAGCACCACUGGGCUAGGAUUGAUUAUGCAGGACCUCUGCCAAGAAGUGGAGUGCCCUGCCUAGAGUUUCACUGUUAAGAUCAAGGGAUGUAGUUACAAGCAGACAGUGUUUCUGAAAAAGGACUAAAUUGUCUUACUCUACAUGUCAUGCCACCCUCUGUGUGUUCGAUGGCUUUACUCCCAUCCCGUUUGCCUUACAAUUAUACCUAGGUACUAGAUUUUAAUUUACUAAACCCGUUCUUAACAUUUAUGCACAAGCAGGGAUUAUGGAAUGCACUGCGUUUAGUGUUUUUACAGUCACUGAUCGCAAUCCCCUGGAUUCAGAUGGUGAAAGGCACAAUGUUUUUCUUCGUAACACGACGCGAGCUAUGCAAGUGGCAGGCUUAGGUCUGUCCUUAUUAGCAUAUGCAAUGAAGUGUCCAAGUGGGCUAAGAUUGUCUUGCACUGACCAAAAGGAAUGUAUGGCUUUUUUUCACACCAAGAUGUGGGUUCUAAAUAAGUUUGUUAGGAACUGUGAGAUUUUUUUUUUGUCUGCCAGUAACCUAAAUAAUUACCACUGUCUAUCCACGUUUGAUUCCGUGUUCACGAAAGAGUUGAAUAUCCAUUUAUAUUUUUUAACAAACGCUCGUCUUGUCUGAAUUUCUGAGAACCGAGUGUGCUUACGAACACCGUGGCCAAGUGACAUUACUAAGUGCAAUAAAACACAAAAAAUAGCCUUA